ACCUGUUUUCAGAUGUGGCGGCGUUCUUACUGGAGAAUCUGGAUUUAUUGGCAGUGAAGGUUUUCCUGGAGUGUACCCUCCAAAUAGUAAAUGCACUUGGAAAAUCACAGUUCCUGAGGGGAAAGUAGUCGUCCUUAAUUUCCGAUUCAUAGACCUUGAGAGCGACAACCUGUGCCGCUAUGACUUUGUGGACGUGUACAAUGGCCACACCAACGGCCAGCGCAUGGGCCGCUUUUGCGGCACAUUCCGACCUGGAGCCCUGGUGUCCAGUGGGAACAAGAUGAUGGUGAAGAUGAUUUCCGAUGCCAAUACAGCAGGAAACGGCUUCAUGGCCAUGUUCUCUGCCUCCGAACCCAAUGAAAGAGGGGACCAGUAUUGUGGAGGACGCCUUGAAAGACCUUUGGGCUCUUUUAAAACCCCCAACUGGCCAGACCGGGAUUAUCCUGUAGGAGUCACGUGUAUAUGGCACAUCAUAGCCCCCAAAAAUCAGCUUAUAGAAUUAAAAUUUGAGAAGUUUGAUGUAGAGCGAGAUAACUACUGUCGAUACGAUUUCGUGGCUGUGUUCAACGGCGGAGAAGUGAACGAUGCUCAGAGAAUUGGAAAGUACUGCGGCGACAGUCCUCCUGCGCCAAUUGUAUCCGAGAGAAAUGAACUUCUUAUUCAGUUUUUAUCAGACCUAAGUUUAACAGCAGAUGGAUUUAUUGGUCACUACAAAUUCAGGCCAAAAAAGUUGCCUCCGACUACAGCAGCGCCCAUUACCACCACAAACGCGGUCACUACAAGUUUGAAACCAACAGUGGCCCUGUGUCAGCAGAAGUGUAGACGGACGGGAACUCUGGAGAGCAAUUAUUGUUCAAACAACUUUGUGUUAGUCGGCGCUGUUAUCACGACCGCCAUUCGGGGUGAGAGUUUGCAGGCCACGAUCUCAAUCAUCAACAUCUACAAAGAGGGGAACCUGGCAAUCCAGCAGGCCGGCAAGAACAUGAGUGCCAAGGUUACCGUGGUCUGCAGGCAGUGCCCUCUCCUCAGACGAGGUCUAAAUUACAUCAUUAUGGGCCAAGUGGGAGAAGACGGGCAAGGGAAGCUCAUGCCAAGUAGCUUUGUCAUGAUGUUCAAGACCAAGAACCAGAAGCUGCUGAAUGCUUUAAAAAACAAGCAGUGUUAACAGUGAGCUGUGUCUGUAUAAGCCGCCUUCUGUUGUUGCCUUUGAAAGAUCUGUCUUCCCUAAGUAGACAAAAAAACCCGCACGCCUUAACAGGGAGCGUUCCGAAGGGCCGGAAUGCUUCUCUCUUCACACCAUGUAGGUCUGUGAUGUCGCUGAUGCAAGUUCUGAGCCCGCACAGAGAGCAGACAGCUGAAAACCUGCCGACAGCUUGAGCGCAGUUUCUUUGUACAUCUCUGUAAAAGGAUAUCUUAGAAUUGUGUGAAGACAUAAAAAAGAGAUUUUAUAAGUGCAAUAUUUAUAGUGAUAUUUGUUUUACCUUGAAGCAUUUGCUCUGAGGUGUUAUAUUCUUCUCUUGCAUUUUUAAGUCAGAGCUUAAUAAAAUAUAUUUAAAUGAUCACAUA